AUGGGCGCCCUGCGGCGUGAGCAGGACUUUCUCAAUCCAGUACCCAUGGUCGAGAUGCACGUACGACGCCGCGCCGAUGCGGUUGUACUUCGCCUGGAUGCCCGCGCCGUCGAAGGAGGUCACGGGCGCGACGAAGACGAGGUGCCCGCAGCGCGACUCCAGCAGGGCCAGCCCUGGGUGGGCGUAGGCGCCUGCGUUGACCGCCGCUUGGUGGCGGACGAUCGAGUCGCGCGGCACGGUCUUCUCCGCUGGGAGGUAGACGACCGUGCCGGGGGAUACGCUGCUGUCAGCUUGGCCCGCGGGGAUGUGGCGGAGACAAGGGGCGCAGUAGGGGAGAUAGGGGUGACUUGGGCUCCGAGUGAGGAUGCCCAGUCGGCGGCGGGGGUGAAGGGGACGCUGGCGAAGGCCAUGCGGUAG